UUAUAUAUACACCAUCAAUUUCAAGAUCCAAAAAUCUAAAAAAUCCUUGAACUCAAAAACAGUCAAAAGGAAAUCAAUAUGGAACCACAUUUCUUAGUUCUUAUCCUUUAUUUCCUUCUCUUUUUCAUUGGUGGAGAUGCUGCAGUUUUCACAUUAAAAAACAAAUGUAAUAUGAAAAUAUGGCCUGGAAUUUUAUCAGGAGGAGGUCAUCCCUUACUAAUGAAUGGAGGUUUGCAGCUACAACCAAAUGAGACUGCAGAAAUCAAAGCACCUACUGGUUGGUCAGGUCGAUUCUGGCCACGAAGCCAAUGCAACUUUGACACCUCAGGUAAAGGGACAUGUGCCACUGCAGAUUGCGGCGGAGUACUCGAAUGCAAUGGUGCAGGUGGCAACCCACCUGCCUCACUUGCAGAGUUCACCCUUGAUAGUCCUAUGGAUUUCUAUGAUGUUAGUUUUGUGGAUGGUUUCAAUAUCCCCAUAUCAAUUUACCCUUUAGGUGGAUCUGGGAAUUGUUCAAAUGUCCAGUGUGUUUCAGACUUGAACUUACAAUGUCCUCCUGAAUUACAAGUGAAAACAAAUAAUGAUACAGUCAUUGCAUGUAAAAGUGCAUGCCUUGCUUUUAAUAAACCAGAGUAUUGUUGCACUGAGGAAUUCAAUGAUCCCAACAUAUGCAAACCUACAAAGUACUCAGAAAUUUUCAAGAAGGCUUGUCCAGAUGCUUAUAGUUAUCCUUAUGAUGAUGCAACAAGUACUUUUACCUGUAAGGGAGCUGAUUACCUCAUCUCAUUCUGUUGACAAUCUAUAUCAAGUCAAUUUAUUUAUGUAUUUAUUAUUAAAAUUUUCUGAAAAGUUUGUGGAUUCAAAAUAUACCCUAUUGGUAGGGCAAUAUAUGGAUGAAUUAAUGAAUUAUGGGUAGUAGUAAUAAUAAAUACAUGAAAAUCUUGUGGGUUCACAAGUGGAAUGAGAAAAUCAUAUUCCAGUUGUUUUGUAUACAGAUUCAUCGUUAAAAAAAUAUUUUAGUUUAUAAUAGUA